AUGUGGUCUUCACGAUUUUCACUUGCUUUGCAAACACUUUCAACAUUUUUUUUGUAAUUUUUUAGACACCGUUUAAGUAGUUAUCCAAUUUUUCAAUCAUGAUUGCCUAUAUGAAGAAGUUUUUAUUUUGUAUCCCGCUGCGGGUCGGUAACAUUUUUAUUGGUUACUUUUGCAUCGUUCACGGCUUUGGUAAUGUUUGGAUAGUGAUACUGAAAUUCUCAAAUUUGUGCAAACGCUUGAUCUGGGUGUGGUUCCUGCAAUCGCAGAUAAAUAUCAUUGCGGGAAUUGUACUGCUGGCUGUCACCUUCAAUCCUCAUCUGCUUAACUAUAUGCUACCCAUUCAGAUUGUUGUUAAGCUUUCGAGUUUAAUUAUCGAAUUGGUAUUCUACCUGCUGCUGACCAGCUCUGAUCUCUCAAAUAAUAUAAUGUUCGCUUACUCUUUGGGCUCGAUUAUCAUAAAUCUCUAUUUUGUGAUUGUUAUUUUCUCCUUCUAUCACGAGACAAUACGUGCAUAAUACGUACUGGCAGCGUUGGGUCCAGGUCUGGACUUUCUUAUCACGGCUAAAAGCAAAUAAAAGAAAAGAAAACGGUAGUUCGUACGAUCGAUGUCGGCGGAGUUAAUCCCAGCGUGUAGCAUUUUGUGCUGUGAUUAAACGCAAAUUUAUUAGACAAAUGUUGCGCAAUUGGUCGCUGGCUAAAAACUUAAAACUGAAAACUGAAAACUAAAAGCUAAAAACUUGAGAUACAGCGCAUAAAUCGUGCGGGGCCAAUUGUCACCAGGCUACGGUCCGCAUCGCAGAGCGACAGCAUGAACAAACAACUGCAGCUAGAGCUUCAGUUGCAACUGCAAUUGGCUUAAUUAUCGUCGCACCGUUGCGCUACAUGCGUGCUAAUUGAGUGCGGCCAACCGACUGACCAACUGACCAACUGAGCCGAGCCGAGCCGAGCCGUUGAACUGGCGACGCGGACAUGGGCCGGGACAUACGUGCGACGUGGCGUCGAUGUCCACGUCCUGCUAUGAUAACAACAACGCGACGACAAACGCACGCUGUGCCCCAAAAUGAAAAUUAUGUUGCAAUCUCUCGAUGCCCAACGCUCAAGUGUCUGGCUGCCUGUGCUCACUGGUUCACUGAUCGGUGGGGGCCUUAAUUAAUUUCGUUGA